CAAAAAAUUCUCUUUCUCUCUCCUUUCUGUUAUUAGCUACGAGAUUUCCUUCUUCCCUACGAAAUCUCCUCGCCGGUAACAUUGGUAUCAGAGCGGUUCUUUCCGGCUGAGAGCUGGCGAUUACGAGACGCAAAGCAGCACAGAUGGCAACAAUAGAGGAGGCCUUGAAAGCUUUGGUGGAUCAGCAAAAGGUGUUCGCAAUCCAGAUGGAACAACAAAAUCGCAAGAUCGAGGAUCAACAAGCGAUGUUUGGACAAAUAAUGGAGCAGAUCAAGUCUAUCGCCCAGGGGGAAUCAACUUCUACACCUGGAAGCAACCGGAAUCAGGAGAGGAGAUCAGAAUCACACAAUCCGAGGCAAUUACAUUUCAAUCCCAAAGUAGAGUUUCCUCAAUUUGAUGGAUCAAAUGUUCGAAAUUGGAUAAAAAAAUGUGUGAAGUAUUUCAUGUUGUGCCGAAUUCCUGAGGAGAAAAAAGUUGAUCUAGUCUCUCUGUAUAUGACCGGGAAGGCUGAGAUGUGGUAUAGUAGUUAUACUAUCGGGAGGAACAACAUCAUGUGGGAGGAUUUUGUUGUAGACUUGUGCGCCAGAUUUAAAGACGAGUUGGGUUCAAAAUUGGUUGAAGAAUUCAAUAAACUGCAGCAGGGGAGAAACUUAGAGGAGUAUGUGGAUAAGUUUGAGGAAUUAAAGUCUUGUAUGUUGAUGAAGAAUCCCCUCCUCCCCCCUGAACACAUGUUGGACAGUUUCAUUGGAGGCCUCAAACCCCAUCUCAAGGCUUAUGUGAGGGCCUUUAAACCUGAAUCACUGGCGGAAGCAAUUGAGUAUGCAAGGUGUGAAGAGGAAACUGUGCAGGCCAUAAAAGUGCAGGACAGAACAAGCAAACCAGUUUUUAACAGCAACAAAGCCUUGUUACCAACCCCUAAUAGUGCUAAGCCUGUUAAUUCAUUACCUGUGACCAGCCUAAGUUCAUUCCAGCAGCAGUGAGAGCGGAGAAAAUAGCUAAAGGAAAAUAAUAAGAGGGAAAAUAUUCUGUAUAUUGAAUUGUUCUGCUAAGUACAAGGAGUUUCUCCUUUAUUUAUAGGAGAGGAUAAAGACCAAAACACAAAAGGAAUUCUAUUCCUACAAGGAAACAAAUCACUAAAUAUGAACAAGGAAACAAAUCAAGAGCAAUCCCACUU